CGAACAGUGUGGGGGUAUAAAUAGUGCUUCGACAGAAAAUCAUUCCCUUACAAAGCUAGGUAACGAACAACAGUCAAAUAGUCAUGGUCCAUGUUUGAAAAUUACACAAGAUCAACACAAGUAUCGUGAGUUUGUGAGAUUAUGUUCCCUUGAGUUUCGCCGGUGCUUGAAUUGAUAUCACAAUAUGAACUGUCAAAAACAUCGCCAACGAUUCUACCGAUUAUUGUUACGAUGGAUCCCGAUGCGUAUAUGGAUGUGCGUGAUGAUGUUUACCGCCUGCUGGACCAGCUACGCGUGUCGUCUACAAAUGCCGAUCCUGGUAGUGCCGAUGAUCCAUGAGCCGUUCGUCAACUACACGAACGGUGCGUGCGUGUACAACGAGCGACGACGGCGCGACAUCGUCAAUAUUUUCGACCCAGGCAGCUACCUGGAAGAAUACAUCCUGGAUCGCGUCGAGGAUCAGAGACUGCACUCACUGCAACGUCGUCAGGCAAGCGGGCCACGGUCGCCCGACGCCCGACUUGCACUCUUCAGCGGUGAACCCUUUGAUUGGACCCCGACGGUGCGGGGUCAACUGUUGGCCGCCUACGCUUACGGCAACGUGCCCGGCAAUCUCCUCGGCGGCUGGCUGUCGCUGAGAUACGGACCGCGACACACGAUCCUUUGGACGUCGAUCGUAGCAGCGGUGAUAUCACUGGUGAGCCCGUUCUUAGCGCAAUGUCACUGGGGAUAUUUAAUGUUCUCGCGAAUCAUCGUCGGCCUCACCGGCGGUGUCAUUUUCCCCUCGUGUCACACCAUGGUUGCUCAUUGGGCACCACCGCACGAAAGGGCACGUUUCAUCUGGUCCUUGCUCGGCGGCACCUUCGGCACUAUAUUAACAUAUCCGAUGAUAGCCGGAAUCGCAGAGAGUACUAAUUGGGAAAGUGGAUGGUACAUACCGUCCAUACUGAUGUUGGUAUGGUGCGCUGUCUGGGCAGUGCUCGCCUACGACUCGCCCAAGGAACAUCCGGCCAUCCCCGAAGAUGAGAAGAACUAUAUUGUAAGCGCACAAGCCGGAAUAGUACGUACUGCGAAACCAAGGUGGCAACAAACACCAGUUAAAGAGAUAUCUACAUCGAUACCGUUUCUCAGUCUAGUCGUACUCCAUUAUGGAAAUCUCUUCUUGCUCUUUUUCUAUCAAAAUUCGCUCAUGUUGUACCUAACGAAAGCAUUGGGUUUCAAAUUGACGCAAGGCGGUGCUGCGGCUGGUGCACCAUGGGCUGCUAGGAUGAUUUUUGGAUUCUUCUUCAGCUGGGCGGGUGACACCAUCAAAAGAAAGCAGAUCAUCAGCAUUGGUCUCUUACGAAAGCUGGCGACUAUAUUCUCGCAUUUUAUACCGGGUAUUUUCCUGAUACUGGUUGGCUAUGCUGGCUGUGACUUCGUGCUUGCAAACAUCUUUUUAUUCUUCGCGUUGGGUUUCAACGGUGCUGCUCUUAUCUCGAAUCUGUCGAACAAUCAGGAUCUCGCGCCAAACUUUGCCGGAUUCCUUUACGGCAUUAUGAAUACAAUCGGUACUAGUGCCGGCUUUGUUAUCCCGCCGAUGGUCGAAGAGAUAGCCGGCAAGUACGGAAAUCCAAUCCACAGAUGGCAGACACUUUUCUGGAUCGGCGCUGGAGUGUGCAUCGCAAGUAUGGUCGUAUUCCUGUUCGGAGGUAAAGGUGAUAUACAGAGCUGGAAUGAGGUCCGACCGCUCGAGGGAGCUCAGAAUGAUAUAGAAGCUAGACAAAUUAGUCCAGAGGCUGCCAAGUAGUGCAAAUCUAAUGUACGUUCCUAAUAAAGUCAAAAUUUUCAUUUUAAUAACGACACGUCAUGAACUCGACGCGAAAAGGAUGUUAAAUUUAUCGACAAUAAUACUUUGAACGACACAAAAAUCUAAAAACUGUCCAAAAAAGAUUACAAAAUUAGAAUGUUUUUAAGAAAAGUUUGAAAAAUAUAACUGAAAAAUCAAAAUAUUUAAAAGUAAAACUAGAAAUUUAAAGGGUGAAAUUUAAAAAAAUUAAAAAGUUUCAAAAACGUAUGAUAAAAUUAUAUUAUUCCUUAGUGUUGCGUAAUAUUGUUCGUCAUUUAUCGAUUUUCAUAUUAAUAAUUUUAUCAAAUUUCAUGUAUUUAUAUCAUAAUAUAUGGUUGAAUAAAGAAAUAUUGUUUUUCUA